CGCAACUGGAAAAGUCGGCAUGGCGUCGACUGAGACUGACGACAAUGAUAUGCCACAACUGUCGGCAGGAGCGCUGGAUGCGUUGAAAGAAUUUUACAGCGAACGAGACUCAAGGCAGAAACGAUUCGAAGACCUGAAAACUCAAGCCGAAGAUGACUUUGGCGGAAAUGCAAAGCUAUCCAUGGAAGCCUUCACGGAAGACUGGAACGCGAGUCAAUUCUGGUACAACGAUGAGACUGCUACGAUUCUCGCUCAACAACUUCUAGAUGGUGCUACAAAUGAGACCCACAUCGCGGUUGUAUCAGCCCCGAGUGUCUUCAUUCAGUUGAAAAAUCUUCUGGCCUCGGAAGACUAUAAUAUUCAACCGAAACUUAUACUCCUCGAAUACGACGAACGGUUCUCUGUCUUCAAAGAAUUCGUACAGUAUGACUUCGAGCAUCCAAUCAAACUCCCGGCGGAAUUUAAGAGCUCUUUUGACCGGAUAAUCUGUGAUCCUCCCUUCCUCAGUCAAGACUGUCAAACAAAGGCGGCCCUUACAGCCCGCUGGCUUGCAAAAACCUGGGUUCCAAUGGAGUCUCCAAAUAAGACAGAAUCAUUCCAUUUGAUAGUUUGCACAGGUGAGCGGAUGGAGGAUCUCAUCGAGAAGCUAUAUGCCAAGGCUGGGGCAAGAACGACUACUUUUGAGGUCAAGCAUGCAAAGGGUUUGAGUAACGAGUUCCGGUGUUAUGCUAACUUCGAGAGUGGGGCCUGGAAGUGGAUAAUGAAUUCGUGAGUUCGGAUGGUUCGAUCAUGAGAGGGAAUGU